GAUUUAGUUAUUUUUGUUGUCGAGAGAGGAUUUUAGAAUGGACGCUAUUAUGUAAAACUAGUCUAGAGGUUGUAAUUUAUUGUACCUAUAGCGGAAAUUUCGUUCAAACGAUGAGAAUUUAUGGCUUCAUAAAUUUAAAGUUUGCUAUUUAUGUAUUUAUUAUUAGUUUUCCUUCAUAGCCUGGUUGAUCUGAACUUCCCUAGCAAAAUUGAUCAUAAAAUAGACUCUUGGUCUGCAUUCUCGUUCGCCAGCACCAACUAACAACUAACCAACCUUUUCCUCUUUACUGCUAACCUGUCUCAACUGGAAACUAACAAUAUGAAGAAAAUGAAAGACCAACCUUUCGGAGACGGCGUAGCCGAACAGCUGCUAUCAAUGUGUACCUCACGCUACUCUUACCAGCCGCCGUCCAACAUGAUGCGGGCCCGCAGAAAGGACGCCAGCGUGCGGCCCAACCGGUGGCUGGACAAAAAGUCCAGUCGCGGCAUGUUAUUUGAAAACGAAGAGCUUCGACUAAGGACCAUUGAAAUUAACGCGGAGGUGGAAAGGGGGCAGGGUGACAUCAAGAAACUCAAGCGUCAAAAUGAGCAGCUCAAAAGAGAAAUAUGGAACUUGCGGGACGAGUAUGACAAAUUGGAAUCUCGGAUGCGGCGGAUGAAAAGCAAAGGGGAGGAGGACAGCGAGGGCGAGGAAGACGAAUACGACGAGGACGACAACCAGGAAAGAGAAAAGAGGGCGGAGGAUGAUGACAACCGGCAGAACGCCAAAAUCCAAAGCUGUUCCGAUUACGAAGACGACGAGAAAAAGCCUCUGGAGGACCAACCGGAGACCGGCAAGGAUUCGGACGCGCCCAACAAAGACUCGGACAGCGAGCUGGCCAAAGAGGAGAAAAAUGAGGCCGACGUCAUCAUCGUGUCGCCGGUCAGUGAAAACAACAGUCCCAACAACUGGCAGAACACGCAAGGCUACGGCACGGACGGCUACACCAGCACCGAGGAGUCGUGCGAGGGGUGUCAGAGAAGAUACGGCGGCAGCCAGCGGUGCACCCCGCGUCGCAGGGUGGUCAGCGGCGGCCUGCACAGGCAGAACAGCUUCAGCAGCAGCAAUGUCGGCGAGGGCUCGCCGAAUCGCUUGUCCCUUCCCGUGGGGUUGCUAGAACAUGGCAUCGUGGACAACGGCGGCGGCAAGUGCCACGCCCACCAGCACUCGUGCUGUCCCGAGGAGCAGCAGCACCAGUGCGGCCCCCAGUUCGGGGGGCCGUGGUGGGUGUUGACGCCAGUAACGAUGCCUGCAGUCGACUGUCCGUGCGGGACGCACGACUACAUGACCCACCAGGCGCCGUUGGCGCCGCGGCCGGCGGCGCCGGCCGUGCCGUGGACCGGUUCGUCGGCCACCAUCACCGAGGCAGCCUCCACGCCGGCAGUGCAGAGUCAGCAGUGGGCCAUCGCGCCCUACAGAGGCGACAUUGCCCAGCAAACGGCUCACUCCAAGUCGACACCCGCCCUGCCCGUCAACGGCACCCCCAAGACGCCCAGAAGAAGGGCACCGCCUCCGCCGCCGCCCAAGCCGACGUGCGAGCAGGUGUCGACGGUAUGCCGGGCGUCGAGUGUGCUGUCUGACGGGACGACCCGUCGCUCGGUCACCUUCCAUACGGAUUCAGUGACUUACAUUCCGCCCACGCCGGUCAAUCCGGGCCCCCUGCAGCCCGCCACUUACAUUCCCUACCAGAACACCUACGCGCCAGAGAACUGCCCUCACGACAACGACCCUCGAACCUGUAUCUGUAGUCUGCAUGCCCAGGCCACGUUUGAGGAGAGCUCUGACACCGUGUUGAUGGUGCGAGGCUUGCAAAGGGUGCCCGGCCUCUUGUCAAGGGAGCUUAUUGAUGCUCUAGAAAACAGACUGGGCCCUACGCUGAUGCGACAGUCAAUCAGAGGGGUUUGUUUACACCAGGCGAGACCGUCAGCCACAGUCGUAGCGGCGAGCGUCACCGUGAUGAGGAAAGAUGUUGCGCUGCGACUGCUGCUCACGGGCCUGGAAAUUCGGGGCGAAAUGUUGCAACUGGAGGAGGAAAACGCUCUGUGCACGACCAAGUGGAGGUCUCCAGACGACACCCCAGAGAACAGCCACGUACUGCUUGUAUCUGGGGUGCAGCACCAGGUGAGUGACGGUGCGGUGCGUACUGCGGUGAUGCGAGCGUGCGGCCUCAGGGCCACUCAGGUGCGCAGACAUGUGUACAAAGGCGUGGACACCGGCGAGAGAAUGGUGCGCGUGGCGCCGCCUUGCAUGUCCUACGCGCGCUUGCAAGCCGCCGCCGGAAGCUCAGGAACCAUCAUUACCGAGGCCGUGGCCGAUUGCAGUGUUAAUAGCGGCAGUGAUUCCGAGUCCAAGUACAGGACACACCUGAGCGUCCAACUGAGAAGACCAACGACCGGCAGUCCCACCGUGGACUGCAUGACUGAGCAGAGGACAAUUCGAACCGCUUCCCCAAUGAGACCAGUUUCUUUAACGGAACCAGCCAGCCAAUCUAUGCUGCUCGAUGAUGGUACUGACGUGGUCAAAAUUGAGACAGUGGGUUGUAAACAACAGGCAACACCACCCACGAGACGACUAUCUAGAAGCGGAUCACAGGGUGUUCGUGUCCUCCCACCUCAAUGCAAUGGCAACCUCGCGCCACCCCCGUACACACCACCUCCAAAUCACAUCAGGCCUCCAAGCAACCCGCCCCCGCCGCCGCCCCCAGCAGUUCCUACAAGAAAGGCGCCAGCGCCUCAGCCAAAGCCCACGAUAGCUCCAAAACCUGCAGUUUCUUGUGAGUAUGCAACCAGGCCACCUUGUGCUCUCCUCACAAGGUUGCAUACUAACAAAUUGAGCAGGAAUACCAGUGGAGGUUUUGAUGCAGCUUUGAUUUUGAAAGCCAUUGAAGCAGCCGUGGUUGCAAGUACAAACAGUAGCGCGGCCAGGGAAGCAAUCAGGGAAGAAAAAGAGGGCAAGAGCCACAUGCGAAAGAGCAAGAGCCAAGAGGACUCGGGCUCGAGCGCAGCAACCAGCCCAACGAGCAACAAGACUGCCAACAAGAAGCUCAGCCAGAACGGCGGCAUCUUACGGAGAGGAACUUCCAAAGAAGGCGAAACGCAGAAGGCUCUGUUAGAGCCAUCAUUGUGGGAAUUUUGCGUUUUUCCACAUUUGAGUUCAUGUAAGUUGCCUCAUUUCCGAAAAUGCCAAAUUCUGUUCUUGGACUUCACCACUUGUGAGCCUAACAGCAAAGCCAAGGCGUUGAAGAGCCGCAGCGUGUCUGUGGAGUCGGGCGCGCGCACGUCGGCCCCGCAGCGACGCAAGAACGGCGUGUUUGAGCGUCCGAACAGCGAGGACCUGCUGCUGGACGGACGCAGCAGUAUCAGCAGCCGCGAGGGCAGCAACAGCAAUCGGACACCCCUGCCGGCGCCUAGCGGCAGUCUGCCGUGGUGCGCGUGCUGGGGCAACGGGUGUCUCUAGGAGUGGGCGUUCGCGCCAGAUCCGGGGCAAGGACUUGGCGACGACGAAGAUAUCAUCGAACAAAUAGAGAUUAAUUUUGUAACUGACGAGGACUACGACGGGGAGGAUGAGCAGGACGACAAAUUGAAUAAAACUAGGUUUUACUUCGAGAUCCAGAUUUAGAGGCAGAUAUGAUGAAAGUAAAAAUCUGAGAAAAUUGCACAGCAAACGCACUUCACAAGCACAAGACUUCACACUCUUCUAUCUCUAACUAGGACAAUUUUUAAGAGAGAGAGGUGCAAAAUUAUUUUGGUUAAAAGUAAUGCGUGAUGAUUGCAUAUAUAUACAAUAUUAUAACUUGUAUAUCGAAUUACAUUAAUUUGCAUUUAACUUUUGUAUCUAAACCAGAACGUUGUUCAGGUUGCUUCAGUAUGUAAAAGUGCAACCUAUUUUAACUCUUUUUGUUGUGUUUGUCGAAAAACGCGUAAGUGUUUAAGAAUUUCUGUUGAAAUUUAAUAUUCAAAUUACUUUACCACCAACCUGCAUGACACCGAAAGAUUUCGUUCCAAUUACUGCUAACCAACAUAAAAUUGUUUUCCAAAACCAAAAUUUACUUUAAAAAAUGCAACCCUCUCUGCUCUCAGUAAUUUUAUCACACCCGCGAGUUUCGUUUAAUCUCGCACCUUAUUUGAGCUGCCUUCUUCUAAAAUGCACUGUGAGUCGAUUUUAUUAUUGUGUUGAAAAGCCUGUACUAGAAUCUCACUGCUAUGUACUCAAUUUUUGCAUUCAGCGCCACCUUCUACCUAAUUAGUUGAUGUUAAGGAUGGUAGACACGGGGUACAACAUUAGAUUCUGAUCCUGGUUACUCGCCAACAAGAAAGUAGGAUCCAAGUCGAGUGUCUACCAUCCUUAGUUGAAGGUAUGUUUUUGUGUUUGCAACUUCACUCCCAGGUGCAACAAUUAUUCCCAGAGCUAUACUGCUAAUUUGCAAAAUGCCUUAUCACUCUCGAUGUUCAAUAUCGGGUGGCAAGAAAAAUGAAAUUUUCUGCUCCCGAAGGCAGAGACUCAAGCAGCAAUAGUGUCUUGUUUGCAAUAACAAUUCCUCACUUCGCAACAAUAAUUAAGUGCACCUUACUGAACAACACACACAGAGUCAUUUGAUGUUGAAAAAUGCUUCCGGGGAAAAAUAGAGGCUCAAUUUAAAUUGCAUUAAGAAGUUAAAAUAGCUCACGAUAAAAGAAUGAUAAGAGUUGUUAGGCCUAAUGAAGAGAGUUCUUUUGUACGCAUGCCAAAUGCAGCUUGUUGUACUCAUUUUCUCAAGCAAAUGGUUCGUUCAGUUUGGAAUGCGCCAGUGGCUGGUUCAUUUUUCAGCACGGAUUUAAUAGGAAAUGUAUCAAAAAGGAGCAAAACUGUUGAAACGAAUAUUGGAAAUAGCCUUUAGAUUAUAUAGUGAUACAAAAUUGCUACACCAAACAUUUACCACCACCCAAAUUGCAUUUUGCACUGUUGCUAAAACAUAUUUAUCACAUAUUCGAGGGGGUGAGAUGAACGUGUAUGCCGAGGACGACUUUUAACCAACGAAUUUUAACUGUGGUUGAAACUGCAAGUGGUUUUUACUGUAAAUAAAAAAUGCAUUUGGUUGUAACAAAGUGAAGAAGAGUAAUAAAAGAACAUGUUUAAUUCUA